CUGGGGUUCCGGCGGCUGCUCCGGCUGCUGACAGGCGAAGGUGGCCAGUGGUGCUGAGGGCUCCAUGAAUCUCUCUGGCAGCAAAGACUCAGCCCCAGUGGAAGAGAAAAACCUCCCGCGGCGGGCGGCUUCGGAAGGGCUGGGUGCCCAGCAGCCGGCUGAUGGGAGCUCCCUCGCCUGCCAGCCCAUCGGCCUGGAAAACGGAGCCAGCCCGCCAGCCGAGUGGUUCCAGCGCGCCCAGGGCUCCGGGCUGUGCCAGCCCAACAGCGAGGCGGACGGCGGCGAGAGGAACUUCAAAGUGAAUCUGCACUGCAAGCACUCGCGGCCAAGAGAACUCAAGUGUAACAGCCGGAGCAGCAAGGCCGAGGGUCCAUGCAUCGGUUUCCCCGACACCCAUGUCAGCAACUGUUCCACCAAGAGGCACCCGGGGGAGGAGGAGUUCAGGAUGCGCGUGAAGCCCCCAGGCCCAGUGGUGACGUCUGGUGCCAUCCGCAGCUCACCUGACUACGUCCGCGAGUCCAAGUUCUACCAGGCAGGCCAUCCUGGGCAGAGGCCGGCAGCGUGCCCGGCAGAGAAGGCCUUAUCCUGUAGCGUGCUGAGCUUCCCUGAGGGUUCCUGCCCGGCGCUGGGCCGGGAGCACCAGUCCAGCUCGCUGCUCCAUGGGGACCCGGCUGACAGGUGCCAGAGCCUCCACGCCCUUGGUCCCACCAAGGGAGAGGACUUCUCGGCCAACGCUCUGGGCUGCGCCAGUGACCCCCGGAUCCUGGUGGGGGGCCUGGAUGAGACAGCCACCCACGACCGCGCCCCCAAGACCUUCUCCAAUGCGACGUUGGCCUCCGGCCGCUACAACGUCGACAACAUCAUCUUGCUGCUGAAGAGCAAGUGUGGCAACGGGCGAAUCAACCUCCACCCGGUGGUGCAGCUGAUCGACAUCAUGAAGGACCUCAACCGGCUCUCCGAGGACCUGAAGAACAGCGGCGUCCACCUGGACUGCGGCAGCCUGCGGCUCAACAGCCACCCAGCCCUCAGCGAGGAGAGCCGGACGCCGGCCAGCACCGGGGACCGAGAUCUCCAGUACAGCUUCUUCUCCUCGGCCACGCUGGCCAACAGCAUUCGCAGCCCGGAGGAGAGGGUGGCACAGUGCAACGCCAAACCCGAGCCGCCCAGGCAGACUCACCCUGCCCCCUCUGAGGAGGAGAUGGAGGGGGGCAGGGAAAGUCCCCAGGCACCAGGAUGCCAGAGCAGCGCUGCCUCCGCCUCGAAGGCACCCGGUAACCCGGACGAAGCCAGCUGCUCCGAGCCAGACCCCACGGAUUACUCGGAGCUGGCUGACGCAGAUAUACUGAGUGAACUGGCCUCGCUGGGCUGUCCAGGGGCCCAGCUGCUGGGGUCUCAGUCUCUGGAGCCCCAGCCCCAGUUGCUAUCAGCCCAGGAGCUCGAUUCCCAGUCCCAGUUACUAGAUCCUCAGUCUCUCGAGUCCCAGCCUCGGCUCCUAGAUGCCCAGACCCUGGAGCCCCUGCCCGAGUCCCUGGAGCUGCAGAGUCUAGAGCCGCUGCCAGAGUCGCUGGGGCUCCAGUCUCUAGAGCCCUUGUCCGAGUCUCUGGAGCUCCAGUCUCUAGAGCCCUUGUCGGAGUCUCUGGAGCUCCAGUCCCUGGAGCCGCUGUCUGAGCCUCUGGGACUCCAGUCCCUGGAUCCUCUGCCCGAAUCACUGGACCCCCAGCUCUUAGACUCCCAAGCCCAGCUGCUCGACCCCGAGGCCCAGUUACUGGACAGUCCGUCCCUAGGCCCCCUGUCCAAGUUGCUGGAGCCACAGCCCCAGCUCAUGGCAGCCGAGCCCCUGGGGUCCCAUGCGCUCCAGCCCCGCCUCAGUAGCUGCCGGCUGGGCGAGGUGAUGAAGCGGGGCUCCUGUGCGGGGCGGGGCGUGGGGCGGGGCGGGGACGACCACCGGAAAUACGCACUGCGCAGAACAGACAAACCAAAGAUGCUCGGUCGCCGGCGGCGGGCGGGGCGGGGCCGGAGGGCGGAGGUCUCUGCCGAGAGCCGAGUCCUUCCCCUGGCCAUGCCAGCAGAGGUAGUGCCGGGGCCAGCCGAGCCCAGCGUCUCCAUCCUGCUGGCAGCUCCCGCCCCGGAGGCCGACGACGUCCAGAAGGCAGCCCUGCAGGCCAAGAAGGGCAAAUGCCGCGGGGUGCGCAAGAUGGUGGUGAAGAUGGCCAAGAUCCCCGUCUCCUUGGGGAGGAGGAACAAGACCACCUACAAGGUCUCCUCCCUCAGCAGCAACCUGAGCGUGGAGGGCAAGGAGCUGACGACCCGCGCCUCCAUGGAGCCCACCCCGCUGCUGAAGAUGAAGAACAAUGGCCGCAAUGUGGUGGUGGUCUUCCCCCCGGGGGAGAUGCCCAUCAUCCUGAAGCGCAAACGGGGGCGGCCCCCCAAAAACCUGCUGCUGGGGCCGGGCAAGCCCAAGGAGCCCACCCCGGAGGUGAAGAAGAGGAGGAGGAGGAAGCAGAAGCUGGCCUCGCCCCAGCCCUCCUACAUCGCCGACACCAACGACAGCAAGGCCGACUACUCGGAUGUGCUGGCCAAGCUGGCUUUCCUGAACCGGCAGAGCCAGUGCUCAGGGCGCUGCUCCCCACCGCGCUGCUGGACCCCCAGUGAGCCCGAGUCCAUCCACCAAGCCCCCGACACGCAGAGCAUCUCCCACUUCCUGCACAGGGUGCAGGGCUUCCGCCGGCGCGGGGGCAAGGCGGGCGGCUUUGGGGGCCGGGGAGGGGGCCAUGCCGCCCGCUCGUCCCGCUGUUCCUUCAGCGACUUCUUCGAGGGCAUCGGGAAGAAGAAGAAGGCCCCCGCGGCCGUGCACGCUGACCCCGUCCACCCGCGCAAGAGGGGCCGGCCAGAGCCGGAUUCCCUGGGGAAACCCAAGCGGAAGAGGCGGGCUCGCAAGAACGGGGUGCUCUUUCCAGAGCAGAACCCCAGCCAGAACUUCAGUGACGGCACCUCGGAGUGGGCCGGGGACAAGGGGAGCCCAUGGGCGCCCCACCACAGCCACCUCUCCAGCCAGGCUAGCAGGAACUGCAGCUACCAAGGGGCAGAGUCCCGGGCAUUCCACUCCUCGGCGCUGGAGUCCAGCUCUUCCAGCCGGGCUGGCUUCUUCACCGGGAGUAACCCGUCCUCCCAGACGGAGGUCAGCCAGGAGAGGCACAACCUCUUCACGGGCUACUUCCGCUCCCUGCUGGACUCGGACGACUCCUCAGACCUGCUGGACUUUGCCCUGUCAGCCUCGCGGUCCGAGUCACGGAAGUCCUCGGCCACCUACACGGCCCCGCCCAACACCAUGCCCAGCCAGCGGGGCCUGGCCUCCUACGCUGGCAGGAGCGCCAAAGUCACGCCCGCUGCCGCCGCCACCACUGAGACACCGUUCCACGCAGUCAUGGCAAGCCGGCAGUCCUUCUCCCACAGCCGGGCAGCCGGCUACGGGGUCUCCCAGGCCGCCUCGGAUUGCCGCGGGGCUGACGCUUUCCAGAAGCUGGUGCCACCCUCAGCCGUCUCCAGGUCACCCACCGCUCACCCCACGGCCACCGCCAGCUAUGCCCAGUACGGCAGCUACGGCUCGGGGCAGAGCGUGACGCCCUCCAGCGUGUUCCAGCCGGGAAAGCAGUACCCCGCUGCCCAAGACUGUCCCAACAACAAAGACUGCAGCUUCGCCUACGGCAGUGGGAACAGCCUCCCUUCGUCCCCCAGCAGCGCCCACAGCGCCGGCUACGCCCAGCAGACAGUGGGGCCCAGCUUGCCGCUCAGCAAGGCCUCCUUCUUCACCAGCUCCGAGCCGGGCCAGUUCUCCAGCUCCUCGCACACACCCCUAAGGUGCGACAGCCGGGCCAGCACCGUGUCCCCCGGCGGCUACAUGGUCCCCAAAGGUUCCGCUGCUUUCCAGCCCUCGUCCGAGAACUGCCGACAGUUCCCCAGCGCUGCCCAGUGGACUUUCCGACAAGGCUAUGGGGGGCUGGACUGGAGCUCCGAGGCCUUCAGCCAGCUCUAUAACCCGGGCUUCGAGUGCCACAUCAACGAACCCAACGUCAUCCUGGACAUCUCCAACUACACCCCCCAGAAGGCCAAGCAGCAGACGGUCUCGGAGACCUUCUCGGAGUCCUCCUCUGACAGCACCCAGUUCAACCAGCCGACCGGGUACAGGCGGGCCAACAGCGAGGCCUCGUCCAGCGAAGGCCAGUCCAGCCUGUCCAGCCUGGAGAAGCUCAUGAUGGACUGGAACGAGGCCUCCUCGGCCCCGGGUUACAACUGGAAUCAGAGCGUCCUGUUCCAAAGCAGCUCCAAGCCUGGGCGGGGCAGGCGGAAGAAGGUGGACAUGUUCGACGCCUCCCAUCUGAACUUCUCCUCCUCUUCCUCCUCCUCCUCGGUGUAUCCCUCCAAGAGGAGCACGGGGCCCAGGCAGCCGCGGGGCUCCCGAGGGGCCUGCGCCUCCAAGAAGGAGCGGGGCACAGGGAAGGCCAAGUUCCCCACCAAAGCCCAACAGGUCAACGCGCUGUUUCAAGAGAGCACGGACUUGGGGCUGGAUUAUUACAGCGGCGACAGCAGCAUGUCCCCACUCCCCUCCCAGUCCCGGGGCUUCGGGCUCGGCGAGCGAGAGCCGGGCGAAUACGCUGGGCCCUACUCCAUGAACCCCUCCACCCCUUCCGACGGGACCUUCCUCCAAGGCUUUCAGAGCGAUUCCCCCGGCCUGGGCCAGACGGACUUGGAGAGCAAACACUUCCCCGCCCUGCCGCACCAGCUGGCCGCCCCGGCCCAGCAGACUGUGUUCGAAGCCAGCUUGCAGAAAGCCUUCUCGCCCAACUGCUCCCCGACCCUGGCCUUCAAGGAGGAUCUGCGGCCGAGCGACAUCCGCAAGCUGCCGGCCUGCGAAUCACUCAAGCACAGCAUGCCGGGGAGCGGCCUGCCCCACCCUGCGCACAUGGCCUGCCGAGACCUCCCCAUGCCUCAGCCCCUCUACGACUCCCCCAGCUGCAAAAACCCCACCUACUGGUACUCGCCCAACUCCAGCACCCGGAGCCCCCCCUACGAGAACAAACCUGGGGCCGGCCUGCUGGUGGACUUCAUGGGGAGGGCUGAUGCCUCCUGCCUCAACCUCCACCUGAGCAACCCCAACCCCUCCAAGGGCGAGAAGGAGCCCCUCGAGAUGGCCAGGGCUCACCACCGGGGGGCGUACGCUUGCCCCUUGAUGAAUGACUUGAAUAUCUCCCCAGUACCGAGAGACUCUAUGCUGCAGCUGCAGGACAACUACAGGUACCCGAGCUUCCCGCCCCAAGGGCAUCCCAUCAUGGCCGCGGCCCAGAAGAGCGGGUUUUUGGGUCCAAUGGUAGAGCAACACCCCGAGGACACUUUUACAGUCACCUCAUUGUAGUGUCAUCUAAAGUGCCAACCGGACAACGAGGUUUUGUUACAGGAGCUAAUUUAGCCAGCACUUUUUCUGGAACACUUUUCAAGUUCUGUAUUUAACUGAGAUCGAGACCUGUUUGUUUGUUUGCUUUUCUAAAAAAAAAAAAGAAAAAAGAAAAAAAAAAGAAAGAAAGAAAGCGGAGAAGAGGAAGAGAGAAGCCCCCUGGUUUUUUUUAAAAAUAAGAACUUGCUCCGUCUCUGAACAACGUGGCUGUGAUUUUUGGACCAAGCCGUGUUGUUGUGUCCCCCCCCACACACACCUCCUGCUCCACAGCCUCUAGCAGAAAGACAAUCGGACAGCAGCCGCCUCCUUCCCGCCCCCGCCUGCAUGCGUGUGAGCCGACAGAGGGAAGGCAGCGGAACACAACUCGGGACGGCGACGGGAGGGGCUGGGGGGGGCUGGGAUUUUUUGUUGGUUGGUUUGAUUGGUUUUUCUACAAAAAUAAAUGAGAUCUGUGAACUCGAAGGAAAAACUUACGGCUGCCGACCGAGGACUUGGCUACGUCCCCUCUUCCACCACGUUUGCCGUUUUGGAGGGUUUCGUUUAUUUUUUGUUCCCCAGUGUGUUUGUUUUUGGGGGUAUUUUUGUUGCUUGAUUUUUUUUUUUUUUUUUUUGGAGAGCCAAAUAUAUAUAUAUUAAAAACUCCACCAGUGGAUCCCGGAGACACACCUAUUGCCUGCUUAUAUAAACAAAUGAGAAGACCCCACCCUGUCCCAUCCCAGCCAUGAGUUCACUACACCACAGUCUAGCAUCCACCGGCAGCUCUGGGCAGCUUUUUUUUCUUUUUUUGGCAGGGGCGUGGGGAGAUGGGGAACGUCCCCCACUCCCAAAGCAUCCGCGUGCACCGAAAUCCCAGCCAGAAGAGUGAACGGCGUUGCCCCGCUUUUCGCCCGCCUGAUCUCCACCCCGGGUUGGCCUCUCCGCCUCUCUUCUCCUCCAGUCCCCCUUCCCCGCUACUUUCUUCUCCUCUCCCACUCUGUUUGGCAGCAGAGAUGCCCCCGGUCUCUCCUCUGUUUGGAAGCAGAGGGACGUCUAUUUUUUUUUCUGCACAAAACCAGCAAUUGUAUAUACUUUUGAAGAAAAGAAAAAUGUAAAAAAAAAACCACAAAAAAAAUCAAAAACAAAAAACCCACACACACGGAAAAAAAAUUAAAAAUAAAUAAUCAAAAAAAAAAAGUUGAAAGGCAAAUAUGCAGGAGAAAGAAGCAAAAACCCACCAGUAUGCACUGAGAAAAUUUAUUUACAGAUCGAUCGACAAAAAAAAAAAGUAACAAUAACCUAUUUAUUGUAUAUACUGUUUUAUUAUAAAUCGUGUCUUGUAUAUUG